CAGUUCGUCUUAUGAGGUAGACACGUACGACAGUGGAGGAUUAGACAGAGGCGCUAUCAAGAAUUCCUGUACGUGGAGAAGACUCGUGUGCGCGUUCUUGUUGUAACACGUUAUUGUGCGCGAAUUCGGAAUCGAACCCGGAAGCAGGAGGCGAAGGGGUGGCCUGCAGUGAAAAGCCGGUGUUUUUUCGGAAAGUGAAGUUCGUAGUUUCAUUCAUCGAUUAGCCAGCGGGAAGAGCAGUCGAUCGAUCGAUGAUCGUUGUCGUUGUGCAUAACUGAUACUGAAGUUCUUUUAUUGUUUUGCCCCCGUGCGAGGAAUGCGCCAGUGCUUACUGUGAUUGGAUGAUAUUUAAGGCGUAGAUUUGACAUAUCCGUCUGCAGGCGUUUGCGCAAUGUAAACUGGAAGCCGGGUCAGAGAUCUAAUCGGUAGAUCGCGAUCGUGUUUCGGGAGCCUUCGCCACCAACACGGUAGAGCGCGCGCCUGUGCAAUCACUCAUCGCACGCUGAAGGUCGGGCGUUAUUAAUUAGCCUAACGGAGAAGAUUAGCGAUUGUUUGGCAUCGAAAGAUUUUCAUUUAUCUUAAUUAACACUGCAUGAUAUCGGAUCGGAAAACACGAACGAAAAAAAAAACAACAUUCAUAAACAGAGAGAACGUUUGAGAAAACGCCUCAUCCGAAGGUUCAAAGGAAGAAAAAUGUAUCGUUUAAUGAGAUUUGCUCAAUUUAUGUAUUAAGAAAGCCGAUUGUUACAGCGCGCCAUAAAUUUUUGCGCUCGAGGGGCCCAAACGAGUGAGACGAGUUUGAUUUGUGUCUUUGCUUUGCUAAUUUAUUCGCCGUGCUGCAUUUGCCGGUUUCUAUUCGAAGCUAGUGGAAACAUUAAUUUCUAAGUCAGUGAGGCGAACUCAGCCACUACCCGUGAAGUGGAAAGCGUUGGUGAAGUUAUCCGCACAGUCUUAGCUGUGAAAAUAAUAAAAACCUCGAAAAAAAAAACACCCGAACGCAAGCUCCGGUAACGAGCACGCGAGGUAAAUAAAAAAAGGUUCAUCAUCACAAUGGCGUCUUCUACCGGUGGAAUCACAAGUCAACCUGCGCUGCCGUUACUACUACUGCUGAUAGUCAUCAAACAAUCGUCGGCAUGCUUCUUUCCCAUCGAGUACCAGGGCGAAUACAUCACCCAGAACACGGUCACCGACGGUGCGGUUCGUUACAGCAGGAUAAACAUCACCGAGAGCGCAAUACCGAUCUGGGGCAUGUGCCACCGAAGACACGACAACAACGUGGUGCUGGUCACCGGCACGGAGGAGGCCCUCUGCUACCGCUGUUUCAACCUGAAAUUGGUGUCGAAAAACGUCCUCCGAGUGCUGACGGCCGACAGCGAUUACAUUUCCAAAUGUCACACCAACGAGGACAAAGCGUUGGCAUCCUGUUUGGGGGAGGAAGCCCUACUGGACGAGGAAAAAAGUACCGAGAUCAUUCUCUACAAAUUUCGCGACUGGAACGGCGAUGAGGUCCGGCAGGAGUACUGCCCGAUUCACGGUCGCUACAAGCUGACGUACAACAUCGACAACGGUACCGAGGAUCAGGUGGAGUGCGAAUCGCAGGAAUCCGAAGUGGACAACUGCCCGUCGGGGUCGGCACUGAACUUGCGCUUCCGCAAUUGUGCCUUCCGCGAUCAGGAGGUAACCUUCGAGUGUCUCGGUCACUGGCGGGGUCUGCGCAAUCAGAACUACGUCGCACUGGUGAACGCGAACGGCGACGCCCGGCUUGGACCGAAAUAUCGCUGCGCUACCUGGGUGGAGAAUCCCAAGAGUGGCGACAUCGAGAUUUCCUUCAGCAAGGACUCCACCUGCCGGUCGAUCAAUAAGUACCACCGCAAUCAGAACUCGUACGGGAACAACAUCCACAGCGAGUACCACAGUGAGGUCGUCUCGCUGAAACCGAUCCCGCAGGAGUUCGGCCAGAUCAGUCAGUAUUGCAGCUUCCCCAACUGGCUGAUCGGUAAAUGGGAGCAGGUGAUCGUGAGCCAAAACCAACUCAUCUACAAGGAUCAUACGUCAUUCAAAACCUACACGAUGAAGUGCGUAAAGAGCACCAGCCACGAAGCCGACAAGUACAUCGUGUACAGUCAAACGCAAUGCGGUGAGGAAAAGUACCAGUGCCUCAAGAUCCAGCAAAGAGACGAGAACGUGUUCGAGUUCCAGAUCAGCUCCCGAUCGGAACCGAACUACACGGCCACGAUUUGCAGCGAGUUUUACUUCAACGACGAUCGGUGGCUAACGCAGGGUCGACUGGACAGCAACAGCAUCGUUUCUCCGUGUCCGAUUGUCGGCGAAUUUUCCGGCGUAAUCCCGGACGACGAAGGUCUCUGUGCGAAGCUAUCGUCGGAGUGUGGCUCCCCGGAUAUCAUGUACUAUCAGAUUUCUGCAUGCGAUUUUGAUGAAGUCUAUGAAGAGCGUGAAUACCGCUGCUUGGGCCAGUGGACCCACCGGAACAUCGUCUACACCUACACGCAGCGACGGGACGUCGGCACCUACGAGUGCUUCGUAGGCACGAUGCUUUCCGAUCGGCAGAUCUUCAUCAAGGAAGCCGGCGAGCACUGCCAGCGGGACGUGAAUCCGCACCGUUUUGGCAUGGAGCUGAACAAGGUGGCGCACUGCAGCGUGCCGGAAACGUUCAAGCCAUCCAGCAGGCCGACACACAAGUACUCCGAGGUGUCGACGAUACGGUCGUCCACGACCGGUCACGGCAGCCAGCAGCACAGUUCCUCACCCUCGGUGGUGAUCAAUACGACACCGUCGUCCCCGGUGGUCACCACCGGACAGAGCAACACCCAGUACACGGUCACCAACCAGCAGCAGCCGAAACAGCAGCAACCGCAGCCCCGGCCGACGGCGAGACCGAGCGUGCCCGGCUCGGCCGCCGCCGGUAUUCGAUUUGUACAGUCACAACAGUCGUCCUAUUUAUUAUUGUUAGCAACUCUCAUCUGUGUUAUAUUAGGUUGUAAUAAAUUUAGGUGUUAA